UAGACGCCCGGCUUCAAAAGCUCUUCCACCAAAGUCGCCAAUUACACUCGAACCCUCCUCCUGGCGGAGUCCACCGUCGGUCCCCCUCGUCUCUCCCAUCGGCGACCAGAGGCUACAGGCGGCGCUGGCAGCAUCUGUCGACGGUGGAAGGCUCCUGAAACAUCCGCAUUAAUCUCAAAAGCUCAGAUGUGGUGGUUGAAGAAAUGGCUUGCAUCUCCCAUCAAGUUUACCGGUGGGAUCACUCCUUUUGGCUCGUUAACCGACCGGGCUCCUCAGGAAAUAAUGAACGGGAAGCUGCAUCACACAAGAUACAGUGUUACUGCACUCUUACAGCGGUUUGGCUCAGGAAGUGCAAAUGUGCUGGCGAAUGCAUCCAACUCACAGUUCGACAUUAAAAGACCACAAACUGUGCUGCAUGGUCGCCUAAUUGGCUGUCGAGGGUUUUCAGAUUCUGCUGGCAAAAAACGAACUCUAAGCAGGGAUUGGUUAGCACGACUUUGGGUUGAAGAGAAACGAAACAUGGAAGUAAGAAGAAGGGGAAUUAGAAAGAGGCAGCCUGCUCCACGCGUUCAAGAUAGGGGUAGUUUAUUUGACACCUUUUCUUCUCAGCUUCCAUUUCUGAAGUCAGUCUUAAGAAAACCAGUUCUGGCUGGCCAAGAUUCUGGUAUCAAGGAAACCAUGCAACAACCGCCGAUCAGUCAAUAUGAUGGUGAUCUAUUGUCCCCUGGUUCUCCUGAAGACGUCAGACUUGCUCCUCUUCUUUCCAGAGCCAAUUUGCUUAUUACCAGAGACAUAGAGUGGGCAAAUAUUAUGUUUGCUUUCGAACAGGAGAACCGCUAUGUGAUAGUGGAUGCUUGUUAUCCCCAAUUACCUGUGGGUUUCAUUCGGGAGAGUAGUAAUGUUAUCUUUAGGCAGCUACUCCGUGGAAGACGUCCAUUUGUUGCUUAUAUAUUUGAUGCCAUGGGCAAUGAAAUAUUUAGAGUUCGCAGGCCAUUUUGGUGGAUAAAUAGCACAAUAUAUGCAGAAAUAGAUGGUAAGGAAGUGGGUGUUGUCCAUAGACGUUGGCAUCUUUGGCGGAGAAUCUAUGAUUUAUACUUGGGAAACACACAAUUUGCUGUGGUUGAAAAUCCUGGCUUCUGGAAUUGGACAUUUACUUUAAAGGAUGAAGAUGACAAUGUACUGGCUCAAAUUGAUCGUGAUUGGAGGGGUAUUGGUUUUGAGCUCUUCACCGAUGCUGGUCAAUAUGUGAUUCGAUUUGGGGACUCUAAUUCACUUCCUAUAACUGAGCCUGCUUCAGGGAUUCAAGAGUUAGAAGUUGCUCGCCCACUUACUCUUUCUGAAAGAGCGGUGGCUGUCGCUCUUGCUGUUUCUCUGGAUAACGACUAUUUCUCCAGGAGUAGAGGCUGGGGACUUCCGAUUCUCGUUGCCGGUGAAUAGGAAAUCUAAAGGCCUUCUGAGAUUGCUUUCGUAUUAUUGUUCCAAGUGGUGACUUUGCUCUCCUGUGGUGUGGACCCUCUUAUCUCGUCUAACCCACAUUUUCUUUGAAAAAAGAAUAGGUGCAUCUUUGGAGAUCUCCGAUAUUAAGAAAACUCAGACAUCAUGUUCUUGAUGAUAUAUAUAUAUAUAUAUAUAUAUAUAUAUAUAUAUAUAUAUAUAUAUAUAUAUAUAUUUCCUUUUAUACUUUCAUACGCUGGUAUCUUCUACCCUCUUGUGGAGAACUCCAUCCACCAAAUUAGUAUAAGCCAGUGAUCAAGUUAAAGUUGGAUAAAAAAGAAUGGUUUUCUUCCUGAUACUAUUGAAGAGUGAUCUCCAUUAACGUUGUGGUUUAGCAGAUAUCA